AUGAGUAAUAGUCAGAAUAAUAAUAAUAAUAAUAAUAAUAACAAUGGAAGUAAUCAUCAAGGUGGUGGUUGGUUCAGCUCAUUCAGUGAACAAAUCAAUCAGAUCAAAGAUGUAAUCACCAAUGACAGUCAAGAUCAAUACUAUGACGAUGAUAAUAUCAAUGGUGAUGAUGAUAUUGAAGAUCAAAUAUUAAUGUUACGUGCCGAGGUUAAUAAAUAUAAAUUGGAGAAUGAAGAGUUGGAAAAGAGAUCGUUGGAGUCUGAACAGAGAAUGGCAUCGGUUACCAAAGAGUUUAGUAGAUUGAUGUCAGAGAAAGAGACAGAGUUGACCGAUCUUAGAAAUAUAAAUACAAAUUUGAAACAAACAUUGAUGUCACCAACAACAACAACAGCAACAGCAACUACAACUACAACAGAUUCACCACAACAACAUACAAUUCAUAACGAUUUAAAUGGACACUCAUCAUUAGGAUUGACUUUGGAGAAUGAAAAUCAAAUGGUAUUUGACGAUGACAAUACAAAUAAUAAUGAAAACGAUACAUUACAAUCAUUACAAAUUAAAUUAAAGAAACAAUCUGAAAACUAUCAAUCUCAAAUAUCAACAUUACAACAACUUCAUCAAGAUAAAAUAUAUAAAUUGAAUCAUCAGAUCGAAACUUUACAACAAGAGAUUGAACAUAUAAAUGAAAUGAAUCAAACAAAUAAUGAACAAAAUGAUACACUUAAAAAGGAGAAUGAUCAACUAAAAGAAGAUAUAGCAAAAGUUAAUGUAAUUUUGACAGAGAAAGAAGAAAAGGAAAAGGAAAGUGAAAAACAAGAUAUAAAUAGUAAUGAUAAUAUUGAUAAUUCACAAUUAAAGAAGGAGAUUGAACAAUUGAAUGAAGAGUUAACAAAAUUAAGAGCAGAGAAAGUAGUUGGUGUAGAUAAUAAUAAUAAUAAUAGUUCUGAUAAACAACAAGAAUUGGAUAUCGGUACUCGAGCAGUUCCAAGCCGACCAGGAGUCGACCAUACAGACGGAGCUGGUUUCCGUACACCAAAAGAUAAAAGACUCACAGGCAGAGAUUGCAAGACUCCAGAAAGAGAAACAAGAGUACGAUCAAUUGAAAGUCAGCUUCCAAGAGGCAAACGACACCAUCAAGCAGAUGCAGCAGACUCUCAACACCAAGGAGAAGGAAUAUCAUUAUCAGAUAUGUGUUUACAAGAACAGGAAUCAGUUGAUAAGAGAAUUGUUAGUAAACUAUUUUUAACAUACUUUAAUGUAAAAGGCACAAAGAAAUUGGAUGUACUGGAGUUGAUUGCGAAAAUCCUUAGUUUUAAUGAUGAUGAAAAAGUUACUAUUGGAUUGACAAAGAGACAGUGGUCAUUGAUUCCAUUCUUUGGAAAUGGAACGACUCCAACUGCUGAACAGAAUGGUGAGAAGUCACUGACAGACAUGUGGAUCGAAUUCUUAUUGAAAGAAGCAGAAACAAAUAAUAAUAAUAUGAAUAUGAAUGGAGGUAGUGAUAUUUUAAUGUCUCAACCAACAACACCAAGUACAACACCUUUCUCAACACCAACCAAACAACAACAACAUCUGAUGGCACCUCCACCUUCACCUUCAACACCCUACAAACAACAACAACAACAACAACCAAUCAACAAUAAUUAUUUCAGUGUAACUCCAAACCCCAAUGGCAAAUUGAAAUCAACAGUCAUAUAUGAUGGUGAUAUCAAAAACAAUCUAUAA